AUGAGACGUGGCGGCACCCAUUUGCCUCCCUCUGCCUUUGUGCCGAAGUUAAGUAUCAACAGGAGCGGGGACUCGCUGCCUGAGCGCCCUGACUUGGACGCUUUGGGCAACGAAAGGCAUGAUCCAUUCACCACCAACUCAAAUGCCACUUUGGGAGGAUCACGAGGCUGGAAUGCGUUCACCAGCGCUGCCGCCACCGCCACCGACAGCAUCAACAAUAACAACAACAACAACAGCAGCAGGUACACCAACAACAACGAAACAAUAAGUGCCUAUGAUCAAAGCUCCCCGACGCCACACAACACGAGUGCGCUUUUCUUUGCAGGAACUUCGAAGUUGAAGGUGUCUGGUAAGAGUGUUGACUCCUCGCGAUUGGAUGAACCGUGCCACGGAAACAUAAUUAAGGGGUAUGCCAGUGCCAGAAGCAACAAUGAUAUUGGGAGGGCAAACAAACGGAAUGAAAUCAAUAGUGGCUUGGCGACUUUUGCCAAGCACGACGAUACGCGUGGCCCGGUUUCUCGAGGUUGGCAGAGGGUGGCCCACCAUUUCAUGCAUGGUAAUCUUCGAGGUGCUUCUGCACCCGCUAAAGCAGGGCGAGCACUGCGCGGCGACAUGGGAAGAAUCACAUCCAGCACACCGCAUUCCUCAUCGUUCGAAGACUCUUUUUCCUCGUCCACAUCGGAAGAUUCAGAAUUGCCGUUUAGGGAUUCGGCCCUCUUUGAUCUGGACGUAGAACCUGUUGUGCCACCGGAGGUCUUGUGUGCAUCCCAAUCGCACGUCUUUGCAUGGGCGCGGCAUCCACGUCAUGCCAUUAUUUUAAGUUUGUUCCGUAGCCGCGGGUUUGUUUUGCCACGGUACGCUGAUCUUGUGGAGUAUCACAUGUCGGAGGUGUUCCUUCACUACAUUGACCUUUGCUGCCGGGGGGCAUACUUCGUCCGCUACCAGGCCAAGUCGUCGCCAAAGGAACGUUUCUUCAGUAUUCGCAUGCUUCCCCGUGACAUGACAACACGAUUCUCAGAGAAGAUUCCGUAUUUGGCGUGGACCAUGCAUCGCGCUGGAGUUCAACUUGCAGGCUGCGUCCCUCUAGAGCAGCUUGUGGGAAUCACCGUCAACACUCGCUCGGCGUCAUUUCGGCCAAACUUUUUGUCCUUGCACACGAUUCGAGGGCCACGGGUCGACAAUCAUCGCCUGAAGCUUCCGACUGAAGGCGGAUUUUCCCUUUGGUUUAUUGACCGUCACCAUGGCACCGCGAGGAGUGUGGACCUCCUUACAUGUAACCCAACGGUACUAGACGUAUGGACAAAGGCUUUUAAGGGCUUAGUGAGCGUGAACAGCUCUUCUCUUGUGCAGGUUCCUCUAACAAGUGCGGGUGUCUCUUCUGAAAUGGAGAAGCUGACAAAAGAGGCGCAACAGCAGGUGGAGAAAAGUCUUCUUUAG